AUUGAGAUAUUCCAGCCCAUGAAGUAGCCUACUUCAACAGUUGCUUGAAUGUCUCAUUCUCUGUCCGUUUUCGAUCAUGUCCUUAACAUCUGUGUCUCUCAAAGGACUCACAGCUAAACUUCUCAUCUCUCCACCUGCAACCACACUUGCCGAGUCCACCGCCAUUGUACGAAGGCUGCAAUCUUUUGGGCCUGUCACUUCCUUCACAAAACUCGAACCUAAGACAGCACAGGAGGAUGGCUCUGCGCACGACGGCGAACAGCAAGAGGUCCAUGUGGUCUUUUCACACCCGGAGACCGUGCAGACAGUGUCCAGAGCAAGCCCUUUCGUCGUCAAGGUACAUCACAACCUUCCUGAUCCACGAGUCGAAGACCCAUUCAACCUACGAGGCCUCCAGUCGAGAGUACAACUCAAGCCCAGCACCAUGACCUGUGUGGUGCAAGUACACGAUCAGUCCGUCCACACUGGUCAGAAUAUCCUUUCGAGUGGUUUCUCGCCGAGCAACAAGACAAGAUUAUACCAGAGUCUACUUGAAGCGAACCCUCCCUCGAACAUUGCAGAUGGCCUUGGAGUGUUCGAGUCAGACAAAUCGCACAUCCUAGAUACAACGCACUUGGUGGAAAAGCCACCAGACUUGACGAGCAUGUAUACGGCUCCCGCUCGAGGUCAAGUAAGAGACGGAGAGGAGUCAUUGCACAAAUUGCCUGCCAAACGCAUUGGAGGGAAGGAUAUCUCAAGGUGAAUACUCUCAGACCGGACCAUGUCAUUCAGUGACGCACCACACUGCGUUGAGCUGGGCUUUAGGUUGGAACAUUGACUCUGGGUCGGUAUAACGAUGUCUCAACGGGUCGUCUCUUCACCUGCUUGAGACCUUGCAACAAAUCAACUCGCCAGCAGUUGUGAAGGGAUUUCCUACCCAACUCCGGGACUUGUUGAGAGUCUCCUCUCCGACAGAGGCCCCAGCGGUAUAGCUUUCACCCAGUUGCCUGAUUUGGCUUUGGCAGGUUCGCUGCUCACCUGCAAUGACCGACGCCUGCUGGUUAUUCACUUCCUUCGCGGAAAGACGUGCUCGUCGACUC